AUGGCUAAUGACAUGCGACGUACCAUAUCUGGUUCUUCCCAUCGUUCAGUUGACUCGGUCAAUUCAGAAACCCCAUUAAAUAUCUUACCACCAGACCAAGUAACGGAUGACCAAGGCACGACUUUUUUUCUGCUUGACGUGAACAACGAAGAGGAACCCGCCGCGGCCGCUCCAAAAAAAUCCAAGCAUCACCGUAGCAGUAAAAAAACCAGCGAAGGGGAUGACGGAAGUGAUUCGAAUAACAGUAGUAGUAGCAGUAGUAGUAGCAGCUCCGGCUCUAGCGUGUCUGCUCAAGUCGUCAUCGACCACGGUGGCUCUAUCCCACGUCGUUUAGAAAAGAAUGGUCAAUUAGGUGAUGAAUCAGAGAGUGAUUACGCCUUUUGUUAUACUCCUGCCAGUAGACGUGGCUCAGACGCUGAUUCUGUUUCGAAUAGUGGCCGUUUAUUAAAACCUUCUCACCUUCGCUUAAUCGAACCCAGCACUUUUCAACCUGAGGAAACAGAUUUAUCUGCUGCAGAGAAUGACGGUGACGAUGAUUUAGAACAGGAAGAAGUCUCAAAUAAACCAGGAUCUCCUGCACACAAAGAAAGAAAACGUAGACACAAACAUCAUAGAAAAGCAACCAAUCGAAAUGGAUCGAGCCGAAAGGACAUUUUGGCUGAUAGUAAAGCUAUGGUUACAGUUUAUACGGAAGAGGAUGACGAUUUGGUAGACGAGAUGCCCAGAGGAGAUCGUGAACGGAUGUUGAGACAUAACGAAAGAAAUUACCGCAGCAGGCACGAGGAAGAGAUCGGAGAAGGCUUCAGAAGAAGAUCUAUCCCACGCCGAUUGCAUAAAAGAACCCAACGUGUAUUACAAACCAAUUUACAGUCGCAUUCCUGGAGUAAAAGAGAGAGUUUACAAUCUAAUAGACAUCCGGGGCUAUCUAGUGAUGAAGCAUUGAGUAAAUUACUGCAUUUAGCAAAUCACAUUUUGGAUGAAGAAAGAAUUCGAAUUGACAAGACAAUUGGUCUUGGAUUACUAUCAUUUUACAUUGCGGGAUACUUUAAAAGCCAGCCUUAUCAAUUUCGCAUCACUGGUUUAUUGGUUGAGGCAUUAUUGUUAUUAGCACUUACAGCGUGGAAUGCAUAUAUCUUUUACAGGGAGCAAGUAUUAGCCUAUAGAGAAAUGACAGAUAGAGCAGCAACGAUCAUUGGAGCAUUGGAGAGAAGUGGCAUGAACAUGGUUCAGGAUACAAAAAUACCCUUUAUACCCUCCAUGUCUGUCGCCAAAGUCGUACGUGAUGGCGUUGUACGUAUUUUCCCCGUUAAUCUUUUAGUUGAGGGAGAUGUGGUAGAAAUGCUAUAUGGUGAUAUUGCUCCAGGUCGUAUGAAAUAUAUUCACAAGAAAGGUCUUGCAAAAGAUAAUGAUUCAGAAAAUGAGGAGGAUACCAACUCCAGUAAGAGCGAACCACCCUUAAAUACAAAAGAAUAUUAUAUCGCAAAGGAUCAAUCAUUCAAACCUUCCUUCUUUGGUAUCCCACCACCCUCCGGAUUAAUGGAAGAGUAUAUGCGAUCCAGAGGUCGACAUCAGUUCCUUUUAUUAGAAUCACCUUUGGAAAAGAACAUGCGUCGAGCAUUGAACCAAAAACGACCCGAUACAGUGAUGCACAAUGAAAGCCAUGUCAUCAUCCGCAUCUUUUACCGAUAUAUCAUUUGGAUUGUUUUGGGUAUAGCGCUGGUCGUGAAUUUCUUGAGAUACGGUCUUCGUAGCACACUUAUUAAUCAUUUCCCUGUGGAUCAACUCGUCGAAGAAGUAUUUACCAUGUCUAUUUAUGCCAUUAUUCCCCUUUUACCUCUUUGUAUACCAAGCAUGUGGAUCGUCGCUCGUAGUUUUGGUAAUGCCCAGUUAUUAAUCUUGUUUGAAGCCCUUCAGAUCUCUAAAACGGAGUAUGAGGACGAUGAUGAGGUGGAUGAAUUCGAUGCAGAAGCUCCCCCUCCUACCAAAGACCUUGAAUUAAGUCCUAAUGCUGUUUGGGACAGAUUCUUGUCCUUGCUAACCAAGUGGGAUCGUUUAUCAUUGACAAGGUCGACAAACUUACUGGAGUCACUUGGAAGCACUACUGUCAUUUGUUGUUUAGACCGAGAAGGAACAAUUGCAAACCCCUUUCCUACUGUUGAGCAAUUGAUGUUUCCCAAUAAUGAAGAAGAUAUUACUUAUUUAGACGUCGAAGAAGAUUCGGAUGAACCAUCUGGAUUAAAAUUUGAAGACCAAGAUUGGGAACAAUAUCUACCUUGCUUAAAACCUCUUGGAUUGAAUUUCAUGUUAAACACAAAUUGCGGUGUCAUCCAAAGCCGCAAAAGAUCCGAGUAUCACCGAAGAAGAUCCAAGUUACACGUAUAUGCAUGUCUUUGUAGAUUAGGAAAAUGUGUUGGAUUCAGAGAGGAAGCAUUACAAUCAUUUGCGCUGAGAGCAGAAAUCUAUACGUUUGCUCCCUAUCAUGAAAUUCUAAACACGCCUCGAUUCAAAUACAGUAAAUACUAUCAAUUUGAGGUACCCAAUGCGCUUUCCACCGUGUUCGAGGAACGAUCCUCGGGAAGCUAUCAAUUACUGACAGACGGCCACCCUUCACUCGUGAUGGAUAAAUGCUCGGAUUACUGGGAUGGUAGCUCCUUACAGACUAUGAGCGAAACCAUGGAAAAAAAGAUCAAUGAUUUCUUUCAAAAUGCACUUGUACAUGAUAUGCAAUGUAUCGCUUACGCCUACCGACCUAUUAAUACAGUGAAUGAUGGUCGUAUUCCAUUUUUGAACCCAUCGGAUGACGAAGAAGAAGAUCCAGGGUGUGCAUUUGUUGUUUUACCUUACAAACCACCUAGCUCAGACAGUUCUGACAGCAGUGAUUCUUCUGAAUCCUCUUCUGGUACAUCUGUCAAAAAGUCGAACGGCAAACUUCCCAUGAAUGAAAUUAUCACAGUGAACCAUCCCAAUCGACGUGCAUCGCAUGUAUCGAUAUCCACCUCCACCAGCAGUUCAUCUUCUGAAACUGGAUCGAGUGACUAUUCAUUUGAAGAAGACGAGCCCGUGGAUGAGCAAGAGGAAGCCACGUUUUAUAAGGAAGUAGUCAAAGGUCAAAUCUUUUUGGGAAUGACUGCCAUGUGUCAUCAACCGAAGCAAAAUGUGGUAGAUUUUAUUGAGGAUUUGGGUCUUGCCGGUAUUCGAUUUGUUUAUUUUUCGACAACGGCCGAAAGAGAAUCCAAAGCUUUUGCAGAACGUCUGGGCUUAGAGACAGAUUGGAAUAGUUGUAUCUUGUUAUCCAACCCAGAUGAUGAAAACUGUGGGAAUGGAUACCUUCAAACGCAUGAUAUCAAGGCCCAAUUACCUCGUGGCAUUGAUGAAAUCAGACCUCAUCUGGAAGAUGUGGACGAUAUUCCUUUACAUGUCUCCUUAUUUGCUGAAUGUACCCCACGUGCAAUGAAGGAAAUGAUUCGUAUAUUUCAAGAAAACGGCGAAGUCGUUUGCUGCAUUGGCAAUGCGUUGAACACGAAAAACACCGAGUCCUUUGCGCUGGUAAUAUUUGAUACUUCUAUUUUACUUUAUAUAUAUAUGUAUGAUCUCUAA